GAGGUGGGGCCACGCGGCGGGACGUGGGCGGCGGCUCAGAGAGGGUGCCGGACGGUCCCCAGACAAGGACACCGGGGAGAGAAUCCAGGGGCCGGACGCCUGGGUCCCUAGGGGGCAGCCAUCCGGGGCCGCACGCCCAGGUCCUCGAGGAUAAUGAGGGGGACGCAUACCGGGGCCCUUUGCAGAAGGCGAGGGCUGAAGGGGACCAGGAAACCGGCGUCUGGCUUCUCGCAGGGAUGUGGGGGCCGAACGACCGGGCUCUCUGGUGCGGGCUGCGAUGCAGGGGCGGAGGCAGGAGGAGCAGGUGGCCAGCCCUGAGGGGUCGGGUAUGGGAAGGCUGGAUGCCGGGAGGGGAUCCCCGUCCCCACACUCGUGCUGAGCCCCUGGAAAGCCUCCUGUCCAGUACCCCACGGGCAGUCGGGCUGUCCCAAGGGCCAGGUGGCUCUGCUUCCAAACUUCUGCCUUAGCCCAGGUUGCUAGGAGCAACAGCUUCGUCUUGGGGGACCAGAGUGCGUGGCGACCCUCCCCACUUCUGGGCCUUACCCCUCUUCCCGGAGGUGAGGGAAGGCAGAAUCUGCCCUGGGCACGCCAUCCACUCCCCGGAUGUUUUUUGUGCAAUCGAGGCUCCUUCCUUCCACUGAUACCCCGAGUUCUCUUUUUUGGUCUCUAGAAAAAUCCACUUCCUGUUGUGGCCCAGCACCCCCAAGGGGGCAGUGGGUGAGCGCCGGAGUCCCUGGGGAGCAGGAGCAAAAGAGGAGUUUGGGGUUCUAUGCCUCUGUCCAGAAGGGAUCAGGAACAGGGCCCCAGGACAGGGCUGUCACUUGUUCUGCCAAAGAUGAUCAUAGGAGCCCCACCACUCCCAGCUAGAGUGGGAGAACCCAGGCUUCUGAGCAGCAAGUCAAGCAGUAUUAGAGGUGACCAGAGGGAGGAGUGGUGUCACGGAUUAGGGCUUAUACACUCUCCGGAGAAAGGGGAAGUCACUGACUUGAGGGAGGCCCCCAAUUUCCGUUAUGUGGUUCAGGGAGGGGGAUGGAUGGACCAGAGGGGGGACUGUUAACUCAGCACAGUUCCCGCCGCCCCCGUCCAAUUCUGGGCCACAGGAAACUGAGACAGCACCCGCGUCUGUUGGCCCGCUCCGGUCACCCCGGCGCUCUGCCUCCUGGGCCAGCCGCGGUGUUCGCGUGCUGCCCCUCCCUGGCCUGGGCUCCAGAGAGCAGGUGCCCUGCAGCCGCUCCAGGGCCGUUACCUCAAAACCACAGCCCCGUGGCUUUCCUCCUAGCAGGAAGAAACAGGGGGACAAAGAGGAAAACUGGAGGGUCUUCAAGAAGUCGAGCCCUAACUGCAAGCUCACCGUGUACUUGGGCAAGCGCGACUUCGUAGACCACCUGGACAAAGUGGACCCUGUUGAUGGCGUGGUGCUCGUGGACCCUGACUACUUGAAGGACCGCAAAGUGUUCGUGACCCUCACCUGCGCCUUCCGCUAUGGCCGCGAGGACCUGGACGUGCUGGGCCUGUCCUUCCGCAAAGACCUGUUCAUCGCCACCUACCAGGCCUUCCCCCCCAUGCCCAACCCGCCCCGGCCCCCCACCCGCCUGCAGGACCGGCUGCUGAGGAAACUGGGCCAGCACGCCCACCCCUUUUUUUUCACAAUCCCCCAGAACCUGCCCUGCUCCGUCACGUUGCAGCCAGGCCCGGAGGACACGGGGAAGGCCUGUGGAGUCGACUUUGAGAUUCGAGCCUUCUGUGCCAAAUCUCUAGAAGAGAAAAGCCACAAGAGGAACUCUGUGCGGCUGGUGAUCCGAAAGGUGCAGUUUGCCCCCGAGAAACCGGGUCCCCAGCCUUCAGCAGAAACCACACGCCACUUCCUCAUGUCUGACCGGUCCUUGCACCUCGAGGCUUCCCUGGACAAGGAGCUGUACUACCACGGGGAGCCCCUGAACGUCAACGUGCACGUCACUAACAACUCCACCAAGACCAUUAAGAAGAUCAAAGUCUCUGUGAGACAGUAUGCCGACAUCUGCCUCUUCAGCACAGCCCAGUACAAGUGUCCUGUGGCUCAGAUGGAGCAAGAUGACCAGGUGUCACCCAGCUCCACGUUCUGCAAGGUGUACACCAUCACCCCGCUGCUCAGCGACAACCGGGAGAAGCGCGGCCUCGCCCUGGACGGGAAGCUCAAGCACGAGGACACCAACCUGGCCUCCAGCACCAUCGUGAAGGAGGGCGCCAACAAGGAGGUGCUGGGAAUCCUGGUGUCCUACAGGGUCAAGGUGAAGCUGGUGGUGGCUCGUGGAGGGGAUGUCUCUGUGGAGCUGCCUUUCGUCCUCAUGCACCCCAAGCCCCACGACCACGUCGCCCUCCCCAGGCCCCAGACAGCUGCUCCUGAGACAGACGCCCCCGUGGACACCAACCUCAUUGAAUUUGAUACCAACUACGCCACAGACGAUGACAUCGUGUUCGAGGACUUUGCGCGGCUGCGGCUCAAGGGGCUGAAGGACGAGGAUUACGAGGACCAGUUCUGCUAGGGGCGUGAGGGGCGGGGCCCAGCCCGGCGCCCCUCCCGCCCCCGCCGGUGGCCACCGGCGCGCGCUGGACCGCUGGACCGCCUCUCUCGUUGAAAGCGGGCAUUACUUGUUAGAUCCAGCUGUGCCUCCCCAGCCCCCCCAGUGGGUGGCGCACGUGUUCAAACCUGCAUUUUCUGGAGGGGGUCCAGGAAAGGGGAGUGACAGGGAAGACGGGAGAAAGCACCCACAUCCGACCCACAACCCCCGACACACUGCCUCCCUCUCCUUCAAGAGGAGACCCUGCGGGGGGGGGGGGGCGGCAAAGCCACUUGGUUGUUUCUGAGCAUAAGGAAGAAAAUAAACGUUUUAAUAGGCA